AUGACCUCUCAUCCGCGCUCCUCCAGCGUCGAUCUGGACUCCCCCGAUCGCCCAUUCGAUAACAUUAUCAACUUCCGCGAUGUCGGUCGUUCCAUCAACCGACUCAUGGGGAAAAAACCGGAACACCAAAUGGCAACCGCCAAACUCCAUGCCGAAUCGGGGACUGCUGCUCCCCCCAAUAUCAACACAGACCAUCUAUUCCAAUUGCCCCAUGUCCGCCGGCAACUGAUUAAUCUGACCGGGAAAGCUUUCGAGCGAUCAUUGCUAUGGCGCUUGGAUUGGUGGAAUUUCUUCAAGGUCCUUGCUCUCGCAGCGUCCGGUUACCGUGAUGAUGCAGUGGUUAUUGUCGGGCAACAGGUCAUGUCGCCUAGGGGUCUGGUCGGAUUGGGUCUGGAUAUGCUCGAUAGUAGCACGGCUGAGAUGAGAGAAGUCUUUGAGCUUUUCGCGUCGCAGAAUGGCGGUGGGGACCGGACGUAUCCGGUUCUGGUGCAUUGUACCCAAGGAAAAGACCGUACGGGCCUCGUGGUUCUGAUGUUGCUGCUUUUGACGGGUGUUGUGAGUGACGAGGCUAUGACGGCGGAUUACGUGCGGUCGGAACCGGAGUUGGUGGUUGAGGCGGAGGAGCGGAUGAAGGAGAUUCGAAAGUUGGGGUUGUCGGAGGACUAUAUCAAGUGUCCAGAUCGGUUUAUAAUGGAGAUUAGGAGGCAUCUAGACGAGAGAUACGGGGGUGUUGAGGGGUAUCUGAGGUUCGCGGGGGUUGAGAAGAAGAAGUUGGAUGUCAUUCGAGAGACCCUGGUUGCUUGA